AUGGAUGAUGUUGAUGUUGAUGAUGAUGAAAGCAGCAGUCGAUCUGCUGUGCUGAUACUGUUCAGUGUGCUGCCUACAUCUGUGGUUUCUAGACUGUGGCAUCACAACAGCUGCGUGGUGUGUCCUUCCAGUUUAUGGUUUAUCUGGUGUGGGAACCUGCGAACAGAGCCAAAUACAGACCCAGCAAAUCCUGUACCAACUCCUUUUGGGGGGGGUGGCUAUCGAUUGGGUGCAGCACCAGAAGAGGAGUCUGCUUAUGUGUCUGGAGAGAGGAGACAGCCCAGUAGUUCACAAAAUGUAAACGUGGUGCUGAAACUCUGGAAGACUGGUUUUAGCCUUGAUGAUGGGGAGCUUAGGAACUACAGUGAUCCUGGAAAUGCCCUCUUCCUGGAGGCUAUCCGCAGAGGGGAGAUUCCUCUGGAAUUGAGACAGCGUUCCCGGGGUGGUCAGGUAAAUCUGGACAUGGAGGACCAUCGGGAUGAAGAUUUCUCCAAACCCAAAUCAGCGUUCAGAGCUUUUACUGGAGAAGGACAGAAACUCGGCAGUGCAACGCCAGAGCUGGUGUCACUCCAGAGAAGCCCGCAGGACCAGGCUGCCAGUGAAGCUCAGGCUACUGCUUCCAUCAGUUUGGACAGCUCUCAACCUGUCACCAGCAUCCAGAUCAGACUGGCCGAUGGAGGCCGACUGGUGCAGAAAUUCAACCAUACUCACAGGAUUUUGGAUGUGCGUCAGUUUGUUGCAAGUGCUCGACCCGCUUUAGCUGCUGCAGAGUUCGUUCUCAUGACAACCUUUCCCAACAAAGAGCUGAUGGACGAGAGUCAAACGCUGAAGGAUGCCAACCUGUUGAAUGCCGUCAUUGUCCAGCAGCUAAAGUGACAGUGCUUUCUAUUGGCCUGGCUCUAUAAAAGCACUCUUGAGUUUUCCUUGCCUCUGAGUUGGAGAUACCAGGACUAAAAGGACUUCUAAUUACUUAAUUUUGUUUCCUUUAGUGAUGUGUAUUUCCUCUGUGACAGUUUUGGGGGCAGUGGGUAGUUCUGGUUAAACGUAAUGAGAUGAGAGGAAAGCAAUCACACUGUGAUAUAGAUAAAAGGAAGGAGAAAGGAUUGAAGUGGAGAUCAAACAAAUUUGACAGUUUUAGAAUAACGAUGAAAUUCAAACAAAUUCAGAUUGAAAUAAAGAGCUUUUUGAAGAGUUUUGACAAUUUUACCUCGGUGACUAUCUUGCAGAUAACUGCUGCUUCUCAUUUGGUGUUUUUGAUCUCCCCAUUUCUUUCCUCUCUGUUUAUUCCCUCUCAACAUUACUCAGAACAAAAGCAGCCUUAUAUUUUAGCCCCUUGCAGUGAUACUGACCUCAAAUUUCAAGAAUAACCUCAAUUGUCAAUGAAAAAUAAGGUUUCAACUAGAUUUGUUUGGCUGGCACAUUAUAUUGAGAUUUAUUUUUGUUUUUUCCUGAUUAUACAAUAGUUAUAAACAAAGUUAUUAGUUGGUUGGUUAACUGCCAAUUUCAGUUUUGGAAGCCUCUGCUGGUUAACUUAUCAGUGGCUAUCUUGUAUUCUAUGCAGCAACUGACUAUAAAACUGGACUCACUGCGUGAUUGUGUAAACCUGCUAUUAAACCCCUCUGUCUGGCAUUGGAGAGCACUUUUUUUCCC